GGCGCACUCUGGAGACGGUUUAGCUAAGCGUUGAAAGUUGAGUAGAAAAAGGGAAGUGACAUCAUCAACCGGAACUUGCUGAAUCAAAACAAUGGCCGGCUGUGGAGCUAUUUUUUGAACAUUCAUUCUAUUUUUCACUUUUGAGCUAUAGAUUUUCGCUGUUGUUAAUACCAUAUUAGUGCUAUGAGCAAAUCAUUCACUCGGAGUACCAUACGAAUAUAGCUAGCUAUUUGCAGCCAGCUUUAAGCUCCGCAAUGAGUGAUGUUGUUGAGAAGACUCUUUCUGCUCUACCGAGUCUCCUGUCACUUGACUCGAAUGCUGGAGCUGGGAAACUUUCGUCCACCUCUAAAUUAGGGAACCUGAUCAGAGGUAUCACCGAACUGACGUCCAAACAUGACGAAGAAAAGCUUAUAAAGAAGGAAUUGGCUGCAAUCAAGGAGCAGGUGGCGUCUCCUAACACUACCAUGCGUCAGAUGAAGGAGAUAAUGGUGAGAGCCAUCUACUGUGAGAUGCUGGGAUACCAGGCGUCCGUCAGCUACAUCCAUGCUAUCAAGCUAGCUCAGCAGGGCUCCGUCCUGGAGAAGAGACUGGGCUAUCUUGCCGUGUCGCUGUUUCUCAACGAAAGCGAUGAAUUUUUGCUUCUUCUUGUGAACACCGUUUUGAAGGACCUGCAGAGCACCAACCUGAACGAAGUGUGCAUGGCUCUCACUGCCGUCAGUCAGAUGUUCCCCAAAGAUAUGAUACCUGCCAUCCUGCCGAUAGUGGAGGAGAAACUCACACAUCCAAAGGAGGUCAUACGGAGGAAAGCAGUGCUGGCUCUGUACAAGUUUUACCUGAUAGCGCCCAAUCAGGUGCAGCACAUCCACAGCAAGUUCAGGAAGGCUUUGUGCGACAAGGACCCUGGAGUCAUGACUGCGUCCCUCCACAUCUACCUGCAGCUGGUUAAGGAGAGCCCAGAGAGUUACAAAGACCUGACAGUGAGCUUCGUCACCAUCUUAAGACAGGUGGUGGGGGGUAAACUACCCAUGGACUUCAACUACCACAGUGUCCCGGCUCCCUGGCUUCAGAUACAGCUGCUUCGAAUACUGGCCUACCUUGGAAAAGAAGACCAGGGCACUAGUGAGAUGAUGUAUGACGUGCUGGAAGAGUCUUUACGAAGGGCUGAGAUGAACCACAACAUUACAUACGCGAUACUGUAUGAGUGUGUGAAGUCCAUCUAUACAGUUUAUCCCAAGGCAGAGCUGCUGGAGAAAGCGGCUAAAUGCAUCGGGAACUUUGUUCUUUCGCCUAAGAUCAACCUCAAAUAUCUGGGUUUGAAGGCCCUGACUUACGUGGUGGCACAGGAUCCUAACCUGGCCUUGCCUCACCAGAUGACCAUUAUAGAAUGUCUGGACCAUUCUGACAUCAUCAUUAAGCGCGCGACACUGGAGUUACUGUUCCGCAUCACCAACGCCCAGAAUGUCACAGUGAUCGUAGAGAAGAUGCUGGAGUUUCUCAGACAGAGCAGUAAUGAUUAUAGCACUGUGGACCUGGUGGGGAAGGUAGCAGAACUGGCUGAAAAGUAUUCCCCGGACAAUGGCUGGUUCGUCCAAACUAUGAACUCCGUGUUCUCCCUGGGGGGAGACAGGAUGCAGCCUGACAUACCCAACAACUUCCUGAGACUGCUAGCCGAGGGCUUUGACAGUGUGGAGGAGGACAGGCAGCUGAGGCUGUUUGCUGUGGACUCCUAUGUUUUGCUGCUGCAGGGAGAAACCGCCAGUCUGCCCCAGUGCUUCCUCCAGGUCAUCAGUUGGGUCCUGGGUGAGUACGCCCACCUGAGACCGGACCAGGCCUCGGAUCCAGGCAAGGUGAUGAGGCUGCUGACCAGGCUGCUGGACCAGAGACAUGCCUCAGCACAGACCAGGCGCUGGAUCCUGUCAGCCCUGACCAAGCUGUGCUCCAGCCCCGUCUCCAUAGCCUUGGCCAGGGACGUUGGUGAGAGGUACUUUGGGUCGUUGGAUACGGUGCUACGGCAGAGGGCCCAUGAACUGAUGAUCCUCAGCCAGGAUGCAGGUCUCCGAGGUCGGGUACUAUCGGCAGAGGGCAGGCUGGAACACGUGGAGGUGGACUCGUCUUUGUCCUUCCUGGAUGGUCACGUGUCUGAGGCGCUGGCCGCUGGGGCCGCGCCUUACAAACCCCCCCACCAGAGGCAGGAGGAACUGGCCCACGAAAAAGCUCUGAGCCUAGAGCCCUACGGCCUAUCUCUGCCUGUCAGUCUGUCCACGUGCAGCAUCACAGACAGACUCACGGACAGGCAGUCUCCCACCCGGCUGUCCAUAAGCUCCAGUGUGUCGGGUAACAGCACCGAGCUGUCGCUCAAAGGAGGCUCGACCACUUUGAAGCUGGACGGGGUGAAGCGGGUGUGGGGGAAGGAGGGGUAUCUGGUCCAGCAGCCAAAGGAGGUUGUGGAGGAAACCCCACUCCCCCCGACGGAGCUGCCCAGCCCCCUAGGGUCUUUUCAGAGCCCCGUGUCCCAAACCCAGACAGCUAGCCCUGGCCCGGAGCCCGACCAGGAGAGGCAGCAGCUGGCCUCCUCGCUCUUCGUUGGUGUGGGGACACAUCACUCAGUCUGUCUGAUGGGCAGAACCGAGGCAGCCCCACAGCGCUUCAGAAGGAAACCCAAAGGAACUGGGUCAUCAUCUGGUACCAGCGAACACUCCUCUAACUCCUCCCACUCGUCUUCCGGCACCGCUGCGGGCAACACGCUGGACUCCACCACCGCCGCCACAGGUCAACAGAUCUCCCAGCAUGCACUGGGUCAUCCCCCUGUCAACGGAAACCCCAUUGUGGAGACGCCAGGACCCCUCCCGCCCGUCAGGGACGGUGGCGUGGCGGCUGAGAUACCGACCGGUCACACAGACUCCGGAACACUAGCGGAUCCAAACGAAGACCCGGUCCCAGUGAGACCCAGGGACCUGCCUCUCAUCUCCCACCUGCCAGCAGAGCUCUCUGGGCUGGCCCGCUCCAAGCUCACCACCCUAUGCCCCGGCCCAGACCCCGGCCUGGCUCUGUCCAGCUGUAGGGUGUAUAAGGAGGACGCUUUGGUUCUGGUCGUCUUCGUCUCCAACAACAGUGACUCAACACUUCACCGCGUGGCACUGCGGUUCACGUCCAAACAACUAGAGGUCUCCUGUGUCUCAGGUGAUCUUGUGGAGGAGGUUAAAGGUCAUAGCGUGGCCACGUGUCAGUACGCUGUGGUCAUGAUGCGAGCCUCCGUCGACGUGGAGCUGGCGGGGUUGGUGUCGUACCAGAGAGUGCCGGGCCAACCCCGGGCCACGCCGUUCUCACUCAGACUCUCCCUCAAACACUUCAUCAGGCCUCUGACUGUGUCCACGGGGGAGUACGGAAAAAUGUGGUUGUCCUUCUCUCAUGAUGUGAAGCAGAACUUGAGGCUGAUAACGGCAGGAGACCAAAGCCCUCUGACAGCCACACUGGACACGCUGAGAGACAGAUUACACCUCCACGUCGUUGACAUCAUAGGGUCAGAGGGUAUCGUGGCAUGCCGCCUUCUCCGAGGUCAGCCGUGUCUGCUCCACUGUCGUGUCCACGCCGACUCCCUGGCCGUGUGGCUGCGUUCUCCCAUCCCGGAGUUCCCCGACUCGCUGCUCUACCACUGUCAGAAAGCCCUGGCCGAGGCCUGAGUCCGGUGCCCUCAUCCCAGGAUGACAUGGCCCUCUGCCCUCGUCCACUCCCUGUCGCCCGCCAAACACACGACCGGAGUUUUCAAAGCAGUACGGCUGUGGUGUUUGUUGUCAUGGUUACUCCUGCCUGUUAUCACCCCCCCCCAGGUUCGUCCGCCAGAUCGUCGUGGCGGAAACGGUUUGGCCGUGUGUGAAAGCACUGGCGUUUGCGGGGAGUGAGCAGCGGCCUCAUGGGGACAAGUGAAAAGAAACACAAGCUACCCUUUGAAAUAUUGAGGCUCUGAGAAGUGCAGUGUGAAGUAACUGACCUUUUGUGACCUUGUCCUUGCAAAACACUGCUGUAUUUAUUUCUUCCUGUUUUGAGGGAUUUGUGUGGUUUCAUUUGUUUUCAUGUGUAUAUAUGCCCACGGAUGAAGUUGAUUGCCUUUCAACAGUAACGUAGCGUUCUGGUGGUUUCACAAAGCUCUUCGAGGGGUAACCCCGGGAGGGAGAAAAUGAAGUUCUGUAUUAGUUGUGCUCUGGGACCUACAAGGAGCUUAACACAAACACAUCUUUAAAGCUUUAUGACAUUUUACUUGAAUAAGCGUUCGCAGAAAGCUUCCCCAUGUCCGGGAUGAGCACAGGAUGUCAUGGGAUGCACGUUUGGUGUUGCACAUGCUGGAUGAUCUUGUUGGUGUGGUUAACUGUGUGAUGUGUGUGGCGACGACACUGGCUGAAAUGUUUUUGUUACUGCUCUUACAAGCCUCCGUAGUUUAAAAAGAAAUGAUCAAUAUUCAGAAAGGCUCAAAUGUUUCUAUUUAACAGUAAUUGUUAUAUUGAACCGUUUUCCUGUCUUUGUCCUUUUUUGUUACGUUCUACAGAUGCUGCAGCUGUGAUAAUACAAAUAUAAGAUUAUCAUCUGUGGUAAUACUAUUAUCAAUAAGGUUAUCAUCUAUGGUAAUACUAUGGUAAUACUAUUAUGAACAAGGUUAUCAUCUAUGCAUUUUAUUUCAUAUUGACAGGUAAGAACUGAUUCCCCGGAGUCUUAGAUUAUUAUAUUUUUAUAAUAAUGCAAUAGCUCAAAUGUAUUUAUUGCAUUUAUUUUAUAGAGUACAUUGUUUUAUAUGUUGGGCAUCUUGUAUAAUACAAGAGCUUUUUUUUUUUCCCGAAUGCACAUAUUUUUUCUUCAUUCACUGAUCGUGUACAAGGUAGGAACCCGUUUUAAGUCACAAACUUUUGUCUCCUAAUCUACAGAGCGUCUUUUCCUCAACCAGUCUGGUUUGUAAUCACCUGGAAAAUGAAUUUGGUCAUCAGCCUUUUAUAUCUGAAGGGAUAAGGGGCCGUAAUGUUGAAGUGGAACUCUGCCAUUUGGAAUUUGUCAAACGUUUGUUACUCAUUCUCCUCCAUGUGGAUUCAGAGUUAUUUUCUUCUCAUGAAUAAGAGUUGUGUGAAACUGAAGAACGGAAUACAUUUUAACGCUAAUGUAAACAUAACUAACCAAAUGCCUUUUGUUCUAAUGCCGGGAAGGCAUGUUCAUUUGUACCUGUGGUACAGAGAAGAUAUUUGUUUAUGUAGCAGUGGUCUGCUGUUUAGUUCUGCUUACUAAAUAAACCUGACAUGUUUAA